CUGUCAACUAUAAAUAUGUCGAAGUUUUGGCGAAAUUAUUGUAGUUUUCCAACUGUUUCGGUUACUGACUAGUUGAGUGUUAGAACAAAAAAUCCAAUCAACAAUAUGAAGUUCUUGAUAUUUUUGUUAAAAUUUGUUUUCGUUGUGUUGUUGGUGUUGACCCAAAUGGCCAUGGCCCAAGGAGGUGGUGGCGGUGGACAAGCCGGUGCUGGAGCGGGAGCUCAAAUGGGCAUGGGUGCUGGAGGCGGGGCUGGUGGCGGUGGUCAAGGCGGUGCCGGCGCUGGAGCCCAAAUGGGAAUGGGCGCAGGUGCCGGUGGUGGCGCUGGUGGCCAUGGUGGUGGUGGUCCAGGAGGCCGUUAAAGUGCAUCCUUCCCUAUGACUACAACCCUAUCUACCUGGCAAAUGAUUUUAAUGAGUGUUUCCUUAAAAUUAUUAAUGUUGAUAUCUAUGGAUAAAUAUAAGUUACACCAUCCUUCCUCUCUGACCUAACCCAAGAAAUUGCGCUAAUGACUUUUGGCCAAUAAAACUUUAAUUAUAUCCUAGCAA